AUGGAUGAUGAGUAUGUUUGGUCAAUCCUCCUGACGAUUCUUAUGUCAAGUGGAUACAAGAUGAAAAUCCCCACAGACACGGACUGGUACGAUCCAAUAUUUGAAAUAAGAGAGAAAUUUCUGGGUUUGAAAGAAAAAAAUUGCAAGCAGCAGAAAGAGGCUUUAAAGGAAAGUAUUAAAAAGGAAAAUUUGUUUGAGCAUGUUGAUGGUUACUUAGAAUUUAUAUCACCGGUUGUUAAAGAAAAUGUCAUGUCAAGAUUCAUUAAAAAUUAUUUGAAAAGUGAUGAGGUACUAGCAGAAUACAUAAAAACCACUGCAGAAGAUUCAUUGAAAGAAUAUUGCCGUCUGUGGGGUUAUAAGCGGGAGGAAGGAGAAAAAUGUAUCUUUAUUCCUGAAAGUCUGACAAAUAUGUUCAUCGAACGUUUGAGUCAUGAUGCUAUCACCCAUGUUAUGGUUGAGAAAAGAGCUGACAGUGAUGGCGUGGAGAGAUAUGAGACCUACAGGAAUAAAGUGUCAGAACUAUUAAACAUUCCAAGGGAAAUACUUAACUGGGAUAAGGAUGCCAAAGAUCGAUAUGUGAAAUACAACAAAAAGGAGCUAUGUUCCGUAUUUCGAGCGCGAGGGAUGCUUGUUGGUUGUGCUGGAGCUGGAAAAACAACUCUUCUGAGACGACUUCAAGGAAAAAAAUACAAUGAUUUUAAAGAUGUGCAAUCCACAGUUGGAUUAGAGGUCCAUGACGAUUUGUUUUUGGUGUUAGAAAAUGAACAAAAAUUGAUAGGCAAGUAA